UGUCCGACUUACCUUAAAUUCCUUACGCGAGAAAUCACGCAAACCCUUUUUCCUACAAGUCUACUACUACUUACUCUAGUAGUUCCUGACGGACUUUCGGGGUCCAUCUGUUUCUUGCAUCGCCUCAAUAUUCAACACUCAAGCUGGUACACGCCUGAUACAGGAAAUGGAUUCAGAGGGAGCCGGUGGCAUCUUUCAAUACGUGUCGCAUUCACCACCACAACGCGCGCGAAUGCACAGACUUUUCCUUAUCCAAGAACUUCUUUGUAUCAUAUGUGAACAUGUGCAGAACGACCACACUGGCAGUAUUGCCGCAGGAAGAACUCUUGCUUCUCUUGCUAGAACCUCCAAGGUCUUCCAUCAUGUGGCUACCAGAGCUCUAUGGUCGCGACUGGAUGGACUCACACCAUUACUACGACCCUUGGCCUCUGACCUGAUUUUCACCGCAGAAACCGCGACAUGGCCACAACCCGUGUCAAAGCUUAGGAGGCCACUCAAAAUGGCAGAAUGGGAGGUGCUUCGCGGCCUUGCACGCCGUGUCGAGCACCUAUGUGUCCAUGACCCUGCUCGGCCAGUGGAUGUCUCAGUCGUUCUCUCUCUCUGCCACCCCCCAACCAACUCGCCUUUGUUUCCAAAUUUGAAAUCAAUCUCCUGGAAUGACGAAAGAGCUGAGACUUUCUCGUUCAUUCGCACGCUUUCAGGGCCCACAGUUACUUCCUUGGUGAUAACCAUCACAAAUAAUAGUCGUAAAUGGCAUAUACCAGAGCUCAGCAUAUUGGCUUCGCUGCCCUACGUUUGUCCCAACAUCACAGAAGUGACCCUGCCCACCGACACUUUUCCCUCUCUAUCGGACGCCCUUUGCGCAUGGAACAAUCUCAAAGAGAUCAAAUGUGGAGCAAUUGAGGGUAAUGCACUUUUACAUCUCGCCAAACAACCAGCUCUUCGCAAGCUUUCAUUCAAUAUAAUAAACAACGCAGGACUCGGACUGGACUCGUCUUUGCCUUCAGGGGCAUUUUCAUGUGUCCGCGACUUCGAGAUCCACGCAGCGAAUAUGUCUUUCUUAGACCCAUUCUUUAACAGGCUUGGAGGAUCGCCCGCUUCUAUGCACGUGCUAGUGGACACCAAUCCGCCACCUACUAGUAUCACCUCACUUUUUACUGCUCUGAGGCGUUUCUCGAGUACUCAUUUGCAAGAUCUGAGCCUGCGAUUGAAGACCCCGCCAAGUCCUCGGGUCUUACCAUCACAUCCACUACAUCUAUUCGGCUAUCCACAACUCCAAGCUAAUGUAGGACCUUAUAUGGCGCCACCCAAUCACAAUCUGAUGGGCUAUCCGAUCAGUGUGGGCUACCAGCCUCCGCUUGCCCCGAAUGGAUUUCAUGUUCUGCCUUUGGGUGGCGUUUCGACUUCCGGAGUUACAUGUCACACUUUCACUUUGGGUGACUUCAUACCCCUUACCUGCUUUGAAAGCCUGGGCAGGAUAGACAUCGAUAUCAAUCACAGUAUCCACCUGGAUGAUGACGACCUCCGGGCACUGGUCUCUGCAUGGCCCCACCUUCAUUCCUUCUCCCUCAACGACACAGCUGGAUGGCGCGCCAAAUCUGGCAUCACUCAGAUAGGCCUCAUCGCGAUGCUUGACUGUUGUCAUGAACUUCAAAAGCUUUGUAUUGCUUUGAACACGGAUGCGUUCAUUGAGGUGCCAUCAGACCGUGAAGGGAUAGAAAACACAGCCAUGCGAACCAUAGGUCUCGCUGACUCCCUGAUCGAGGCGCGCGCCACUGUAGCAGUCGCAGCGUUUCUCUCCGACAUCUUCCCAAACCUCACCACCAUCGUCGCAUGGGAUUCGGUAGUGAUGAGUCGGCGCCUUAAUGCAGGGAUGUAUGCUGAGCGGUGGAAGCAUGUCUCUGAGCAGGUGCACGGGAUGAACAAGGUUCGGGUGCAGGAAAGGAAAUGGUGGUUGACUGAUGAUGAAGGCGAAAGUGAGGCGUGUGAUAUAUCUCAGGUUUGACGCAUGGUAUUCCAAAACGCAUCGACUUGUGUCAGAGGAUAUGGUUCUUAUGAGACUAAUGGGUUUGAGCAGCUGCUGAGGCCAAAGCUCUCCAUUGGCCUAGAACAUCUGAUGGUUUCCGUUAAACGGCUUGAUUCUUACCACGGCACAUACUUGCAAUCACAAUACAAAUGCUUAGGCCUAGGUAUCACACGUGAAGAAGUACAAACAGGCUCGACACAAUAUUCUAGUAGGAAAUCAAAGUCUGGGCGUGGAUAGAUACCCUGGUAGUAAGGAUAUAGGAAUCGUGGUUAUCAUCCUGGAUAGGAGUGGUGAAAAUGCCAGUGUCGAUAGAUUUGUGCAGGUUAAGCGUCAGGCGAGAUAC